AUGGCCAUGGUGAGCGGGGGAUGGGGCAACCCUAACGGGGAGACCAACGGACUGGGGCGGGAGAAGGCUUACCUGCGUGGGGAUGAGGAGGAGGGCUCACCCCAGGCCGGGAGUGAUGUGGAGGUGGGAGACGAGGACAAGGCAUGCGUGGUGGACUGUGUGGUAUGUGGGGACAAGUCCAGCGGCAAACACUACGGGGUGUUCACCUGCGAGGGCUGCAAGAGCUUCUUCAAGAGGAGCAUCAGAAGGAACCUCAACUACUCCUGCAGGUAGGUGAAGCCGCUCUGUAAAAUAUCAAGAAAAUAUGUUAAUGUGAAAAACAACAUCAUUUAAAAAAGGCAGUCUAGGAAACACACAAGUUAAUGUCAAAGGUUACUGUGUACAUAGGCUACUGUAAUGGAUCCCUAAAAUUCCUAUUCUUGAUGGUCAUAUCAUAUGUACAGCAUGCUUAUAGACCCUGUAACUUGUUAGAUACUAUUUCCCUUGGGGAUUCCUCUUUGUGUUACAGCUUUAACUCAAGUAAAAAAAUAUAUAUUUUCAGGUAUAUAAUAUACACAUGGCAAACAGACUUAUUUUGUAUCAGAACCAUACAAAUGCGCCUUUCCCACUUCAACCUAGUUUACAGUCAGUAAAAUAUCUUACAGUACUACCAUAUUACACUUCUGAGGAAUGUGAGCCUUUGUUUAUUGUUAACUAUCUAAGGGCCGUAUUCAAUCAAAACUAUUUAUCCGUUACUGUACAGUGUACACAGUAGUUACAAUGCUCUCAAUCUGUUUCAUAAAUUGUGAAUCAUACAGGACAGGUAGCGAUGUUUGAAAGCUUUACAGACCUAUACAGCUAUAUAUACCUAUACAGAGAAGCAUAGAGCAUUUGUAUUCUGUCUGCACUCCACAAAACCAUUUAUGUUCCAGCCUAUGACUCCUUUCACACAGCCAGAGCAGCCACUCUGUAAGAUCAUUAAUUCAUGAGAGAGAGAGAUGAGGAUAAUCCAUUCUAUGUCUAAUGUUCUGUUGUGCAGGUCGAAUCGAGAAUGCCAGAUAGACCAGCAUCACCGCAACCAGUGCCAAUACUGCCGGCUGAAGAAAUGCUUCCGUGUUGGCAUGCGCAAAGAAGGUAACUAUACUAUCUUACCUGUUGCACAACAUCUCUGACACUCAGACGAUGCCUAAAGCAGAGGCAGAGAUACUGCCAAUCCAAUGUUCCAUAUACCAUAACUGACAGCAGCACUACAUCGUUCUACAAAAACAUGCCCCUGCCAUGAUAAACAGAGCUGAUAUUUCACAACUGUCAGUUGGCCAAAAUAUUUACACUGUAAGAUACAGCAAGCUUGAUUUUAAAAGGUGAAGAAAACAGUUUCAGAGUUUCAUAUAUCGGUUUGGCAGGUAGCUUAGCGGUUAGAACAUUAGAGCGUUGGGCCAGCAAACGGAAGGUCGCAAGUUCGAAUCCCCGAGUUGACAAGGUGAAAAAUACAGUGAGGGAAAAAAGUAUUUGAUCCCCUGCUGAUUUUGUACGUUUGCCCACUGACAAAGAAAUGAUCAGUCUAUAAUUUUAAUGGCAGGUUUAUUUGAACAGUGUGAGACAGAAUAACAAAAAAAAAAUCCAGAAAAACGCAUGUCAAAAAUGUUAUAAAUUGAUUUGCAUUUUAAUGAGGGACAUAAGUAUUUGACCCCUCUGCAAAACAUGACAUAGUACUUGGUGGCAAAACCCUUGUUGGCAAUCACAGAGGUCAGAUGUUUCUUGUAGUUGGCCACCAGGUUUGCACACAUCUCAGGAGGGAUUUUUUCCCACUCCUCUUUGCAGAUCUUCUCCAAGUCAUUAAGGUUUCGAGGCUGACAUUUGGCAACUCAAACCUUCAGCUCCCUCCACAGAUUUUCUAUGGGAUUAAGUUCUGGAGACUGGCUAGGCUACUCCAGGACCUUAAUGUGCUUCUUCUUGAGCCACUCCUUUGUUGCCUUGGCCGUGUGUUUUGGGUCAUUGUCAUGCUGGAAUACCCAUCCACGACCCAUUUUCAAUGCCCUGGCUGAGGGAAGGAGGUUCUCACCCAAGAUUUGACGGUACAUUGCCCCGUCCAUCGUCCCUUUGAUGCGGUGAAGUUGUCCUGUCCCCUUAGCAGAAAAACACCCCCAAAGCAUAAUGUUUCCACCUCCAUGUUUGACGGUGGGGAUGGUGUUCUUGGGGUCAUAGGCAGCAUUCCUCCUCCUCCAAACACGGCGAGUUGAGUUGAUGCCAAAGACCUCGAUUUUGGUCUCAUCUGACCACAACACUUUCACCCAGUUCUCCUCUGAAUCAUUCAGAUGUUCUUUGGCAAACUUCAGAUGGGCCUGUAUAUGUGCUUUCUUGAGCAGGGGGACCUUGCGGGCGCUGCAGGAUUUCAGUCCUUCACUGCGUAGUGUGUUACCAAUUGUUUUCUUGGUGACUAUGGUCCCAGCUGUCUUGAGAUCAUUGACAAGAUCCUUCCGUGUAGUUCUGGGCUGAAUCCUCACCGUUCUCAUGAUCAUUGCAAAUCCACUAGGUGAGAUCUUGCAUGGAGCCCCAGGUCGAGGGAGAUUGACAGUUAUUUUGUGUUUCUUCCAUUUGCGAAUAAUCGCACCAACUGUUGUCACCUUCUCACCAAGCUGCUUGGAGAUGGUCUUGUAGCCCAUUCCAGCCUUGUGUAGGUCUACAAUCUUUUCCCUGACAUCCUUGGAGAGCUCUUUGAUCUUGGCUGUGGUGGAGAGUUUGGAAUCUGAUUGAUUGAUUGCUUCUGUGGACAGGUGUCUUUUAUACAGGUAACAAACUGAGAUUAGGAGCACUCCCUUUAAGAGUGACACCUGGGAGCCAGAAAUGAAAUGUUUCUGAUUGAGAGAGGGACAAAUACUUAUUUCCCUCAUUCAAAUGCAAAUCAAUUUAUAACAUUUUUGACAUGCGUUUUUCUGGAUUUUGUUGUUGUUAUUCUGUCUCUCACUGUUCAAAUAAAACUACCAUUAAAAUUAUAGACUGAUCAUUUCUUUGUCAGUGGGCAAACGUACAAAAUCAGCAGGGGAUCAAAUACUUUUUUCCCUCACUGUAUGUAGAUGUGCCCUUGAGCAAGGCACUUAACCCUAAUUGCUCCAGGGUUGCCGUUGAUAAUGGCAGACCGUGGCCCUACUCUCCGAGGGUGAUUGGGGUCACGGUCAUUUCCAAUUCACACAUGCGUAUAAUACACACUUCUGUGAAAUAGGACAAAUAUAAGCACCCACCAAAUUAUUAUUGUGGUAUUUUGAAUUUAAACUUCAUUUCAUUCAUGUAACUAUAGUAUUUGUAAAUCCAGUUUAGCUCUAUCCUUAUUUGCCCUCAGUCUAACCAACACACUCCUGACCCCUACUCUAAGUAUCCUCGCUACGUAGUAUGUAUCAUUCAGGCCCUUGUGGCAGAGGCAUUUGCCAAGCAGUACAUAAGUUGAAUAACCCAGGCAGCCAGCCCAUAGGUGUCAUAUUUAUUCUGCAUUGAGCUGGCACCAGCCCAGAGCUAUAUUCAGCAAGGAUAGUCAUGCAGGGGUCUGAGUGACCCAAUGACUGCACUGACGCAGCCAGGCCACAGUGUUUCCACAUGACCUGGAAACGCUUGGAUCACCUUCUCCGGGUAACGGGUCACUGUUCACCAGGAAUAGUAGUGGUCUACUUUACUACAUGACUGUUGUGUGUAGUCAAUAACACUGCAAUGACAAGUCAGACACAUACUGGCAAAAUGUCUAACAGCUAACCGUGGCCUAGCUUUGGUAGUUUGACAGACUCUGUAUUGAACUAGUUUAGCAAGACAACAAGUUGGGUAUAGCAAUAACAGACUGCCUAGGCUAGCAGUGAAAUGGUAUGAAAUUGUCUGAAACUUUGAAUAAUUCACAAAUGUCCAACUAACUGGUUGUUAGACGGAGUAAGCAUAGCACUGGUACCUGACUGUUUCUGCUAUCAACAAUGCUACAUUGUUGCCUUGCCAAGACACGGACCAGUUAGCUGAAGAAGUGACAGAUUACCACCAGACCAGCCUUUAGAAACCCGGACCCAGUUUUCAGUGCAUGAAAAUUAAGCCGUGAUUAGGACUGCCCAAGGAGACCCUAAAUAAUCAUCUACACUCCUAGCAAUAGUUAUGCAAUGUUACAUACACUACAUGACCAGAAGUAUGUGGACACUUGCUUAUCGAACAUCUCAUUCCAAAAUCAUGGGCAUUAAUAUGGAGUUGGUCCCCCUUUGCUGCUUUAACAGCCUCCACUCUUCUGGGAAGGCUUUCCACUAGAUGUUGGAACAUUGCUGCUGGGACUUGCUUCCAUUCAGCCACAAGAGCAUUAGUUAGGUCGGGAACUGAUGUUGGGCGAUUAGGCAUUAGGUGUUUGAUGGGGUUGAGGUCAGGGCUCUGUGCAGGCCAGUCAAGUUCUUCUACACCGAUCUCGGCAAAACAUUUCUGUAUGGACUUCGCUUUGUGCACGGGGGCAUUGUCAUGCUGAAACAGUAAAGGGCCUUCCCCAAACUGUUGCAACAAAGUUGGAAGCACAGAAUUGUCUAGAAUGUCAUUGUAUGCUGUAGCAUUAAGAUUGCCCUUCACGGGAACUAAGGGGCCUAGCCCGAACCAUGAAAAACAGCCCCAGACCAUUAUUCCUCCUCCACCAAACUUUACAGUUGGCACUAUGCAUUGGGGCAGGUAGAUUUCUCCUGGCAUCUGCAAAACUCUGAUUCGUUUGUCGGACUGCCAGAUGGUGAAGCGUGAUUCAUCACUCCAGAGAACGCGUUUCCACUGCUCCAGAGUCCAAUGGCGGUGAGCUUUACAUCACUACAGCCGACACUUGGCAUUGCUCAUGGUGAUCUUAGGCUUGUGUGCAGCUGCUCGGCCAUGGUAACCCAUUUCAUGAAGAUCCCGAUGAACAGUUAUUGUGCUGACGUUGCUUCCAGAGGCAGUUUGGAACUCGGUAGUAAGUGUUGCAACCGAGGACAGACGAUUUUUACAAGCUACGUGCUUCAGCGGUCCCGUUCUGUGAGCUUCGCGGCUGAGCUGUUGUUGCUCCUAGACGUUUCCACUUCACAAUAACAGCACUUACAGUUGACCGGGGCAGCUCUAGCAGGGCAGAAAUAUGACGAACUGACUUUUUGGAAAGGUGGCAUCCAAUGACGUUGCCACGUUGAAAGUCACUGAGCUCUUCAGUACAGGCCAUUCUACUGCCAAUGUUUGUCUAUGGAGAUUGCAUGGCUGUGUGCUCGAUUUUAUACACCUGUCAGCAACGGGUGUGGCUGAAAUAGCCGAAUCCACUAUAAUUUGAAGGGUUGUCCACAUACUUUUGUAUAUAUAGUGUAUAUGUAACAACAGGCAUGAAAUCUAACUCAUUAUUUCUGAAACCCAAGUAAUAAAAGCAGCAUCAUAUUAUACAUGUUUCAUGUAUGAAGUACAGCCAGUAUACACACAAUGCUCACUCCAUGCAAAUAUUAACACACAAACAAUACUUUAGAGAAAAUGGUCAUUGUUAAACCAGUCUGAAAAUGCAUUGCAUAUCAUGCAAACGCUAGCUGCAGUAUUCAAAACGCCCGACUAUCAUUGGUGUCUAUUAUAUAUGUUACCGUUAAGAUGGGCAGUUUGCUCACUUUUUUGCAAAUUGGUCGCCUAACACUCAAAUAUAUGUUUAAUAAAGAGAUCCAGACUCUGGGUGUACGUUUUCAUUAUUUGACGUGAUAUACACACAAUGUAAUUUUAUAUAAAGCAUCAUAAAAUGUGUGGUUUGCAUCACUUAACGCCCAAUGUACAUAUACGCAACGUGACUUUUUCGAGUGUUCUAUACUUCACCAAAAAUGAAUAUUGUUCUUAGAAAUUUUACUCAAGCGUCUCUGGACAGCUAAUGAGCAUUUUGCAUGCAUUGAAUUUCAGAAACUCACCUUUUACGAGACUGUUUCGGGGGAGCAGAACUGCCGUGUUGACAAGAUUCGGAGGCAUGCCAUUUUGAGUGACGAUUUCCGGUUUGGUAAUUACAAUGAUCGGCCACCAGAUAGAGUCUGGUGUGUGGUGUUUUUUGAUGUUUUGAUCGCGUACAGACACGUUACCAGGUGUUUAAAGACACUGUUAGGUAUAUGUAACAUCGGGCGUUAAAGGGCUACUUUUCAGCCUACUUUUCCGUCAACAAACACCUGUUAUGUUGAAUGCUAAACUUUAGCUUGCCAGCGUGUUUUGCAUUAGCCUCUACAACCUCUACAAGCCCUUUCUCUCCCCCUCUUCCCCUCUCCUCCCUCUCUCUCUUCCCUCCAGCAGUCCAGCGUGGACGUAUCCCUCCAUCCCACCCAGGCGUCAGUCCCACUUCUCUGGUCGGCGGAGGUGGCGGUACGGGGGCUGGGCCAGUAGGGGGCGAAUUCUUCAACGGCCAGCCCGUGUCAGAGCUCAUCUCCCAGCUGCUCCGCGCCGAGCCCUACCCCAGCAGCCGCUACGGACCCCAGUACGGCCAGCAGCAGCAGAUGCAGGGCGCUGGAGGAGGCUCUGUCAUGGGCAUCGACAACAUCUGCGAGCUGGCGGCACGCCUCCUCUUCAGCACCAUCGAGUGGGCCAGGAACAUCCCCUACUUCCCUGAGCUGCCUAUCUCUGAGCAGGUGGCUCUGCUGAGACUGAGCUGGAGCGAGCUGUUCAUCCUGAAUGCAGCCCAGUCCGCCCUGCCGCUACACAUGGCUCCUCUGCUGGCCGCGGCCGGCUUCCACUCCCAGCCUAUGUCGGCAGAGAGGGUGGUGUCCUUCAUGGACCAGGUGAGGUUGUUCCAGGACCAGGUGGACAAGCUGACCCGGCUCCAGGUGGACUCAGCAGAGUACAGCUGCCUCAAGGCCAUCGCCCUCUUCUCUCCAGGUCAGUGUACUGGUCGGUCGUUACUCUCUGGUCCAAACCAAAACCCCUACACCUUAGAAAUACAACACCUUGUCCUAACAGGCUGCUACCCUGCUGGUUUUAAUGUUCAUAGUGAGUCACUCUGGCCGGGUUCUUUUGGCUCCGUUUUCAAAAUGUCACCCUUCUUACUAGAAAUACUGAUAUACUGCAGUGCAUCACUAUUCACAAUCCCCUAGGAAUACUAAUGCUGAAUUGAUUCCUAGAAAGCAUUAUAAUUCUUGCUUGCACUCAGAUUAGAAAGCAAGAAUAUGGGAGGAAGUGGGAUACAGGCCCAGGCUCAUAGCUUUAGAAUGAGUUUUCCUUUACUCCCAGAAAAUCCAUGACUAGUAUUCCAAUCUAGACAAAUGAGUCAUGCUGAUGUAAAGUUCAGCCUGUAGGUCAACAUUUCUCAUAUGAACAGCUUUUUAAAGCGUUAUAUCUCUGUCCAUAUAAUAAAUAUUGACAUACACCUCUGCAGAAGCACAACUGACCUUUCAAGCAGCAUGUCUCAUUGAUGUCAAGUUGUUUGAGAAGUCGUAUUCUCUUCCAAUACAAUAGCUCCUGCCUGUGUUCUGCACUAUAGCGCUGACCAUUUCUGCACUUCUGAUUUGACCUUAAGUCAAUGCUUAAGUCCGUCUGUGUGUCCUGUGAUGUCCUCUUCAGAUGCGUGCGGUUUGACAGACCCCGUCCACGUGGAGUCUCUGCAGGAGAAGGCCCAGAUGGCUCUGACGGAGUACGAGAGGAUGCAGUACCCGGGUCAGCCACAGCGCUUUGGCCGUAUUCUCCUCCGCCUGCCUGCCCUCAGGGCCGUGCCCGCUAAUCUCAUCUCCCAGCUGUUCUUCAUGCGCCUGGUGGGCAAGACCCCCAUCGAGACCCUCAUCAGGGACAUGCAGCUGUCUGGGAGCUCCAUCAGCUGGCCAUACAUCCCUGGGCAGUGAGGAACAGAAGCCUGGGACACACAGGAUCCUGGAAGAGGAGCCUGGCUGGGACCUAGAACAAGAUGGAGAGGGAUUAGCCAGUGAUGUCAUAAUUCUUAAAGGUGCAAUAUGCAGAAAUC